GUUUUAACUUGUUGCGCCUCUUCGGUAUGAUUUGUCCUGGUUCUGUAAAGUCAUCAGUCAUUUAGGUCCUUAAUAUAUGGAUGAUUCGGAAGAGGAUCCCGAUCUUCUAAACGAAGAGACAUUCGACUGUGCAGAGAUAGGUGACUGGGAGAACGAACAUGAUCAAUUUGUGCAGAAUUUUCACAAAGUUUCCGAAGAAUCUCCAACUGCUGAUGAACUACCAAAGUUCUGGAAUGACACUGGUGGUCUUUCGUUCUUAUGGCAAACGAAUGACCUCGGUUGUGGUGUGACUGUGGAUGAUGGGGGCGAAAAAGUUGUCGAUGUUGAGGAAACACUUCAAAAGCUAGUAUUAGAUGAGACCUUUGAGGAUCCUGCUAUCCUAGAUAUAUCCAGGAAGGUUUCUUACCAGCAGCUCAACGAAGACUCAUUUCGGCAUCUGAGAAACACACCUGCAUAUCCGACUGCUCCUACUGACAUUCUUGAUAGGAGUCGUGACAUCUGGAGCAUUGAUGGUAGUUAUGAGGUUGGAUAUGGAAGUGGCAAGAUCAGCACAGCGUCCGAUUGUAAUAUGAAGUCGAAAAACGUAAUCGAUAUACUCCGAUCAUUAAAUGUUUACCCUCCACCAUCUGUCAAGACUGUAUCUAUACCACCAGAAGCUUCUACAGAAAAUUACUUGUCACGUAAGGUAGCUACAGAAUCUCAAACAAGGGAAGUCGGCACUGAAUUAUUCCCCAAAGCUUCUCAAUCUUCAAGAAACCUCCAAAAUAUUGUACCAGUUAGUCAGCACAAAUUGUAUCCUAGCCCUGUGUUUUCUUCUGGGAAUCGCGUCUGCCAGUCACAAGCAGUUCAAAAUUCUCUAUCUGUCCAUCAGAAUGGAAUACAUGCCAAUCAUUUACGCGCUAACCCCUUUUCAUUGGAUAUUUUGAAGGGACAGUUUCCCACUGAUGCCAAUGUUUUCCCCACGUUACCGGCAAUGCAGUCUGUAUUUAAAAAUCUACAUCCCUCAAAGUUGGAUUACUCACAAAUUCAUGGUUUAGCAUUUAUGCGAAAUCAGUGCAUCCUUCAACAACAACCACCUGUCGUUUCACCUGUUUCUUCAAGUCAGCACAAUCCUUUGACGUCACCUCCGAGCGUUCGUGGAAUAAUGUUGCCAAAUGUCCAACCCAAUAGUUUUCCGCUUUCAUCAUACCUCUCACGUUUUCCUGUUCAACCAACAAAUAUCGAGUCGAAACAGUCUGUUAGUCUAUCAUCAACUGUUAUACCGUGUUCAAAACAACCAACAGGAUUCGUUGCUCCACUCGAGGAAGUGUCCAUAGAUAAAGAAAGCGACCCAAACAGUGGUAGUUGGAUGACAGACUAUGAAGCAAUUGGUGUGUUAUUGAUUCAGUUGCGUCCUUUGAUGGUAUCUAAUCCCUAUGUCCAGGAUUAUUAUUUCGCAUCUCAAUGGUUGCGACGAAUAAAUGCUAUUCAAUCUAAACAUAUUUCAAAAGUUAAAAUGAACACUACAACUUCACCAGCAACAGUGCAACUUCCAAUUCCUAUACCACUUGAAAGCUUAAGCGAUUCCAAUUCACCGUACCAAGUAACUCUGAAACAUAAACUUGUUAUUCCUUUUCGAGCUGUGAAUCGCCAUCCUAGUUUUGACCAAAAUAUAGAUGAAAAUUGUGAUAGCUUAGAAAAGAAAAGUGCAUCCUCAGAAACUCCUACUUCUGAAUCAAGUAACGCACUGGGUCGUCCAACUAGAUCCAAUGUUCAUCGGCCCCGUGUUGUAGCAGAGUUAUCACUAGCGUCCGCAAUUUCAUCUACUGCAGAAACCACUUAUCCCGUGAUACCAACAAAUAAUCAAACACUAAACAAAAAAGUUGAUGGUUGUGAUUAUAUUUCUUCACUUUCUGAGUCAUCUGAUGUGAAGGCUAAUCGUCGUCGUUUGCUGAUUCUCGCUCAAAUUGAACGUAUGUUUUCAAUAUUACUGAUCUUAGAUGAAGUUUCCUUAUCUCUUAAAAGAGUUGUUGUUCAAAAUGACGCAGCUGUACUGUGUUAUAUUAUAUCGCGCUAAAGUUCCUGUUUACAGUUCAAAACGUGGAAACAUUUAAAUAAAACACUCAAAAAAGAUAUCAAACUUAAUGAUCAAAUAUACAAUAAACACCAUUCGUACUACGACUUUGUUCCAGAAAGGGAUAAUCUGCAUCUGCUUUAACAAAAAGCUACAAGAUUCUGUCACUUCCGUCUUCUUAAACUGUAUUUGUGUAUAUAUUCCUUGAUUUGGUUGCUUCUCUCUUCCAUAGACGUUCCCGACUGUUAGAUUAUCAACAAGAACUGAUUAAUCAACUAAUCAGUGGACUACUCCAGUCAUCAUCGAUAACAAGCGAAGCCACGUCUAAAGAAGAAUUCAUAUCAGUCGUUGAGAAUGGUCUGUUUUCAUUGCCAGAUAGUUUUUUCUCUAUUCAUAAAGGAAUGCGUCUAUGGUGUUUAACUCUACAUCACCUACCGACAAAAAUUCAAAUCAAUUAUUUGUCACAAUUUAUUCAUGAUUUCCUUCGACUUCGUCAGCUUUGGCCAACUACAAUAAAUGAAGUAGGUUAUGUUUUCUCCACUCUUAAUCUUUCACUCACGUUCUUCAAUCCUUCAUAUUUUCUUUUAUAUCCUAAGAGAGUUGUUAUUUUUAUCCAUUCUUAAUAUUAUUAGCAUAUGUAUCCUUUUAGUUCCUUAAAACUAUAGAGUAUAAAAGCAAUAUAGAGCAUACCGCUCCUUAUAUUAUACAACAGUUUAUUGUGAACAGGCAAAACAUUCUGAUUUAAUGACGAUCAUCGCGUUACUAAUUAGAUUAUUUGGUAUAAGUUUUAAUAUAUCGUUUUCUCGAAUCAUUUGUGGACUCAGCUAAAGUAAGCACAUAAAGACGAGCCAACCAAGGUCGAGAAGUAACUUUUGGAUUUUCACACAAAAUUUGAGAAUGAAGGGCUUUUCUUAUGUAUCACGUAAAACGAGUAUUGCAGAUACCUUUGUACGGUAUUCAAAACGUUUAAAAUGAUAUUGAAAAAUUAAUUUUUAGCGUCAUGAGUUAAGAAUUGUGUUGAGCAUAUCGGAUGCAUAGUUCAAAAUCGUUUGCAGUGGUGCGGGUUUACCCAUCCCUCGGUUCCCUCCCCUAAAUUCUAAGCUUCUGAAUUCAUCGUAAUUUCUUUUAUUUCAUUCUAGUUACUCAUAUUUUCUUGGAUCGUAUCUUCAGUGUUUAAUCCUUUCUAUUCCCACUAAUGACUGUUACUGCGUUUACUAUUCUGGGAUUUGUCCCGGCAAUUUCAUCUCGUUGUGUUAGUAGAGUAUAGCAACUUAAACUUACAUACAUGCAUAUCAGACUCUACAUUUUACCACCUUACGUAUCGAGUUCUUUCUAUGUAGAUUAUAUAUAACACUCAAGUAAACAAUCUGCGUUAAUCAUAACCCUAAACCACUUAGUCUCUUGACUUCAACUGUAAUUAACAGCUUCUCAUCCCAAUCCUAACUAGAAACAUUUUGGGGACUCAUACAAAUUUAUUUACGUCUUUAUGAGUGUUCAAGAAGACAGGGAGUAUCUUUGUUUAGACAAGUUUAUAUGUCGUUAUUUUCCGAUUCCCACACAGAACAUAUAAAAGUCCUUAGUAGUUUAAUUAAUUAUACUAAACCUAUAUACCCUUUUCACUACUAUUAUUAUUUAUUUUCUGUGACCUAGUCUUUUACAAACUCUUUUCUGACCGGAUGACAAUGGUCUAAAACUCACUGAAGUCGUUUCAAUCUUCUCUUCGUACCAUAAUAUCACCAUGGCCAUUACUUCUGUCAAAAAGCAUGACGUCAAAGUGAAACAAAUGAGCCCCGUCAACAUCUUUAAUCGUUUAGUGGUUUUCUAGACGUUGAUAGCAUAUUAAAAUUAUAAACCUCCUGUAUCCCGUUCCUCAUGAACUAAUCAUAGUUGUAUUUACGAUGUGUUUUGAACAUGCUUUGACCGUUCCUCAAUUUAUUUAAACUUGUGUACAUAUGUAGCAAUUUUACAAGCUCUCUUACUCAUCAUUUGCCAUUCUCUUUUCCAUUUCAAAAAUGUCAAUCUUUAAUCAUUGACAAUAUCCAAAGUCCUAAUUUUUGAUUAAGUUAGAACUGUUUUGUGAUAGGUUACUUUACAGUUCCUACAAAUAACCUAGACGGUUAUAAGAUUUAGUCAUGGUCAUUUAGUCCUUUGGUUCGCACUAUACGGAACUCCUGAUCUAGUCAUUUAUUUUCCCUUGUUUUUUGCUUGUUGUAAUCGGUGAAUCAUGUUGGAAAUCUUGGCUUUGUUGAAUUUUCUAAUAGAAAGCUCCAUUAUUGAAGGUUGUUAAUUUAUCAUUCUUUUUGUCACAGUUGAAUUCACAAGUCCACCACUGAAAACCUGGAAGCACUGGAUGGCCGUUUCGUUCCAAUAUGGGACUCUUCAGUAGUGUUAAGUAGUGCUGGAUUUGAGACAUGUUUUAUGAUAAUUGAAAAGACUUUUUGAUUCAUGGAAUAUUCUUGUUGUGGAAUCAUCGUG